AAGAAGCGGGGUAUCCCGAGACCCAAGCGGUUAGCAGAGGGUGGCCCUGGCCGCCGCUGCCUGCCUUCAGCCCCCUACUCCCAGGCCGUGGCUCCACGUGCCACCGAGUCGCACCAGGGCGAGCAACUCACAGCUACUGCUCAACUUUUGAUUGGGACUUCCGCUUCCGGCGGCAAACCAUACUUCCGGUUUGUCGUUGCUAUAGGAACCGCCACAGCGUUUGAAAGUGCCCGGGUUGCUUAGGAUCCGCACAGGUAAUGCCUGUGGAUACAUGCGUGGUCUGCUGACCCAGAGAGAAGUGAAAGAACUCUUUGGCGGGAGAUCAUGUCGGCCGUGGUAGCUCAGACGCUGCAUGUUUUUGGUCUUCGAUCCCACGUGGCCAACAAUAUCUUCUACUUCGACGAACAGAUCAUUAUAUUUCCUUCAGGAAAUCACUGUGUGAAGUACAAUGUGGAUCAGAAAUGGCAAAAAUUCAUUCCAGGCUCAGACAAGAGUCAGGGCAUGUUGGCCUUGUCCAUCAGUCCCAAUCGUCGGUAUCUCGCUAUCUCUGAGACUGUGCAAGAAAAACCUGCCAUCACCAUUUAUGAAUUGUCAUCCACCCCUUGCCGGAAGCGCAAGGUUCUUAAUAAUUUUGACUUCCAAGUUCAGAAAUUUAUUAGCAUGGCUUUUUCUCCAGACUCCAAAUACCUGUUGGCUCAGACAUCACCUCCAGAGUCAAAUCUUGUCUAUUGGCUGUGGGAAAAACAGAAAGUAAUGGCCAUUGUUAGAAUCGACACUCAGAACAACCCUGUCUACCAGGUCAGCUUCAGUCCACAGGAUAACACUCAGGUGUGUGUCACUGGAAAUGGGAUGUUUAAGCUUCUCCGUUUCACUGAGGGAACCCUGAAGCAAACCAAUUUUCAGAGGGGAGAACCCCAAAACUAUCUAGCCCACACCUGGGUGGCUGAUGACAAGAUUGUUGUUGGCACUGACACAGGCAAACUCUUCCUCUUUGAAUCUGGAGAUCAGCGUUGGGAGACCAGCAUAAUGGUCAAAGAACCCACCCAUGACUCAAAGAGCCUGGAUGUCAUCCAGGAAUCAGAGAGCCUGAUCGAAUUUCCACCAAUCAGUUCUCCACUCCCUUCCUAUGAACAGAUGGUGGCGACCAGUAGCCACAGCCAGCUGUCCAUGCCCCAGGUGUUUGCCAUUGCAGCCUAUUCAAAGGGAUUUGCCUGUUCUGCUGGGCCAGGGAGAGUUCUGCUGUUUGAGAAGAUGGAAGAAAAGGAUUUUUACCGUGAGAGCAGAGAAAUCAGGGGGGAGCCUGCUCACUUUGAGUAUUUGAUGUAUCCAUUGCACUCAGCACCCAUCACCGGUCUAGCUACCUGCAUCCGCAAACCCCUCAUAGCCACCUGUUCUCUGGAUCGAUCCAUCCGCAUUUGGAAUUAUGAAACAAACACUCUGGAACUAUUCAAGGAAUACCAAGAAGAGGCAUAUUCCAUCAGCCUUCAUCCAUCUGGACACUUCAUUGUAGUAGGGUUUGCUGACAAACUACGCCUUAUGAAUCUACUCAUUGAUGAUAUACGUUCUUUCAAAGAAUACUCUGUUAGAGGAUGCAGAGAGUGUUCCUUUAGCAACGGAGGUCACCUGUUUGCUGCAGUCAAUGGAAAUGUGAUUCACGUUUACACCACCACGAACCUAGAGAACAUCUCAAGCCUGAAAGGACACACAGGGAAGAUUCGCUCAAUUGUGUGGAAUGCAGAUGAUAGCAAACUGAUUUCUGGUGGCACAGAUGGUGCUGUGUAUGAGUGGAAUCUGUCCACAGGAAAGAGAGAGACAGAAUGCGUGCUCAAGUCUUGCAGCUACAACUGUGUUACUGUCUCCCCCGAUGCCAAAAUUAUCUUUGCUGUUGGAUCAGACCACACCCUCAAGGAGAUUGCAGAUUCCUCGAUCCUUCGAGAGAUAUCGGCGUUUGACCUCACCUACACCACCAUUGUCAUCUCGCAUUCCGGACGCAUGAUGUUUGUGGGCACCUCAGUGGGAACCAUUCGUGCCAUGAAGUACCCUCUGCCUCUGCAGAAGGAAUUCAAUGAGUACCAGGCCCAUGCCGGUCCUAUCACCAAGAUGUUGCUUACCUUUGAUGAUCAAUUCCUGCUGACUGCUGCUGAGGAUGGCUGCCUGUUCACCUGGAAGGUCUUUGAUAAGGAUGGCCGGGGAAUCAAGCGAGAGAGGGAGGUGGGCUUUGCCGAAGAGGUGCUUGUGACUAAAACAGACAUGGAAGAAAAGGCUCAGGUUAUGUUGGAGCUAAAGACUCGUGUGGAGGAAUUAAAAAUGGAGAAUGAGUAUCAACUCCGACUAAAGGACAUGAACUAUUCUGAGAAGAUUAAGGAGCUAACAGACAAGUUCAUCCAGGAAAUGGAGUCCUUGAAAACAAAAAACCAGGUCUUAAGAACAGAAAAAGAAAAACAGGAUGUUUAUCACCGUGAGCACAUAGAAGACCUCCUAGACAAGCAAAGCCGGGAACUGCAAGACCUGGAAUGUUGCAACAACCAAAAGUUGCUUCUAGAAUAUGAGAAGUACCAGGAGCUGCAGCUCAAGUCCCAGAGGAUGCAGGAAGAGUAUGAAAAACAGCUCCGGGAUAAUGAUGAGACCAAGAGCCAGGCCCUGGAGGAGCUGACUGAGUUUUACGAGGCCAAACUGCAGGAGAAAACCACCCUUCUGGAAGAGGCACAGGAAGAUGUCAGGCAGCAGCUGCGGGAAUUUGAAGAGACCAAGAAGCAGAUUGAAGAAGAUGAAGACCGAGAAAUCCAAGAUAUCAAAACCAAGUAUGAGAAAAAGCUUCGGGAUGAAAAGGAAUCAAACUUGCGGCUCAAGGGAGAAACAGGCAUCAUGAGGAAGAAGUUCAGCAGCCUGCAGAAGGAGAUUGAAGAACGAACCAAUGACAUCGAGACCCUAAAAGGAGAGCAGGUGAAGCUGCAAGGAGUUAUUAAGUCUCUGGAGAAGGACAUCCAAGGCCUCAAGCGAGAGAUCCAGGAAAGAGACGAGACUAUUCAGGACAAGGAGAAGCGAAUUUAUGAUCUGAAAAAGAAAAAUCAAGAACUGGGGAAAUUCAAGUUUGUGCUUGACUACAAAAUAAAGGAGCUGAAGAAGCAAAUAGAACCUCGAGAAAAUGAGAUCAGGGUGAUGAAGGAACAGAUUCAGGAAAAUGACCCGUGGCCCCAGAGGGUCGAGAUUCGCUCAUACAACUUCACAAAGCAGGCGAGGAAGGCGCCUCUCUGGGGUGCCCUGCCUCAGAUGGAAGCCGAACUGGAGAAUUUCCAUAAGCAGAACACUCAACUGGAGCUGAACAUCACAGAAUUGUGGCAGAAACUGAGAGCCACCGAUCAGGAGAUGCGCAGAGAGAGACAGAAGGAGCGAGACUUGGAAGCGCUCGUCAAAAGGUUCAAAACAGACCUCCACAACUGCGUGGCCUACAUUCAGGAGCCGCGGCUGCUGAAGGAGAAGAUUCGAGGUCUCUUUGAGAAGUACGUGCAGCGAGCAGACAUGGUGGAGAUCGCAGGGCUGAACACAGACCUGCAGCAGGAGUACGCCCGGCAGCGGGAGCAUCUGGAGAGGAACCUGGCCACUCUCAAGAAGAAGGUGGUCAAGGAGGGCGAGCUGCACCGCACAGACUACGUCCGCAUCAUGCAGGAAAAUGUCUCUCUGAUCAAGGAAAUUAAUGAGCUCCGCAGGGAGCUGAAGUUCACUCGGUCCCAAGUUUAUGACCUCGAAGCAGCUCUGAAACUGACCAAGAAAGUCCGACCACAAGAAGUUUCAGAGACAGAACCCAGCAGGGACAUGCUCAGCACGGCUCCCACCGCAAGGUUGAACGAGCAAGAAGAAACUGGGAGGAUCAUCGAAAUGCAGCGCCUAGAAAUCCAGCGCCUCAGAGACCAGAUCCAAGAGCAAGAGCAGAUCACAGGGUUCCACACCCUUGCUGGAGUUCGGCUUCCUUCCCUCUCCAACUCUGAGGUAGACUUAGAGGUGAAGACCAACUGACCCCCUCUGGUGAGCCAUCUCCAGCCACAACCGGAACAAACACAGCGUGUCUGUCCCCAGGCCAGAUUUGCGGUUGGACUCUGUAUGGUCCCUGCAGCACUGACCCCAGCAACCUCUUUCUCCUGCCCUGGGGAAUCUGGGACACAGAAUAAAGAUGUUUGCCUACA